GAGGAGGCGGGCGCUUGCGCGGCGGGCGGAGACGGACGGGCGGGCGGCCAUGGCGGAGGCUGCGCUGCCGGGAUCAGGUGCCUUAAAUCCUGAUGCAACAGAUUUCAUUCCAAAGCAAAGGGAGACUUAUAGUUUAAAUUGGAACAGUCAAUCCCAGUGGGAAUUUGAUCAGGAUUCAAUCAGAAACAGUAUAUCACCUCCCGUUCAACCUCAGCACAGUAAAAAUGAUGGCUAUUCAGCAGAUCAACAUAACUUUUACAGUGUAAAGAGCCAUCAUAGAUGUCAGCCAGAUUCUUCACUGUUUGGCAGUAUGGGUAAAACAAAAAGCCGUAAUUUUCAAAAUCAGCGCUGGCAGAGGUCAAGAAAUGAUAGAGCGCAUGGCAAAAAUCAGGUGAAACAAACAACUGUGAGUGGUUUAGAAGCCCCUGUAUGUUUAGAUACCAAGAUAACUUCUGGACGAAGAACGAAUCCUAGAGAAUACAGUGAUUUCUCUUCAGAUAGUGAAAAGGAAGCUGUAGAUAAUAGAGGAGCAAAGCCCAAGAAGACACAUGUGAUGCAUUCUCGUGGAAGAGGGUUGAAAGAGAAGGGGAAGCGCCCACCUGAGCGGGAGAAAAGAGGACCAUCCAGGUGGAAGGAGGAGGCCUAUGAAAUAAACACACCAGGGGCUGAUUUGACUCAGUCAGACUCUUCUGAAACAUCCUUUGGGAAAGUGGUGUCAGACGGUUUUUCUGACAACAGUAUGGUACAGAGACGGUAUCCUUUUGCAAACAAAAAUUUUAGAGAGCCUGUGCGAAACAAAGAGACCAGCAGAAGGCAAGAUAUGCCUAGGAGCAAAAAUGCAAAACACAUCAAGAACGCAUCCCUUCCACAUCCUCCUAAAGAGCACAUCAGUGAGAAGAGGAAAGAGUCUCUGCUGCAUGAAAGAGGAUCGCAGUUUGUGAGUGUGCCACAGACUCAAUCCUUGUGUGAAACAACUGUACAGGGCGGAAGAAAACCACUCCUUCAAGAGGGAUAUAAAAGUAGGCGCUGGAAGAAGCAGAAGGAUGCACCAAAGAGUAAGGAAACACAUACAGGGUCUCUGAUAGAGCAGCUUACUGAAGAGAAAUACGAGUGUAUGGUGUGCUGUGAAGUAAUUCGUGUGGUGGCCCCAGUGUGGAGCUGUCAGAACUGCUAUCAUGUUUUCCACUUAAGCUGCAUUAAGAAAUGGGCAAGAUCACCAGCAGCACAGGCCGAAGAUGGCAGCAGUGGUUGGCGUUGCCCAGCUUGUCAAAAUGUUUCAUCACACAUUCCUAACACUUACACCUGUUUCUGUGGUCGGGUUAAAAACCCUGAGUGGAACAGGAAUGAAAUUCCACACAGUUGUGGGGAACUCUGUAGAAAAAGAAGAUCAGCUCAAGAUUGCCCACAUUUAUGUAAUAUUCUCUGUCAUCCAGGACCUUGCCCAUCAUGCCCGGCUUUUAUGACCAAAAAAUGUGAAUGUGGACGCACAAGCCAUUCAGUUCGAUGUGGGCAUUCUACUACAAUUCAGUGUGCCAGUAUAUGUGGGAGUAUUUUGAAUUGUGGUAAACAUAACUGUACCCAAAUAUGCCAUUCAGGAAAAUGCCAUCCAUGCAAAUUGACUGUAAAGCAAGUGUGCUACUGUCAGAGUACCUCUCGAGAAGUCCUAUGUGGAACAAGUGAAGAACAAUUCUCCUGUCUCAGAACUUGUGGCAAAAAACUCUCUUGUGGAAUGCAUAACUGUGCCCAAGUGUGCCACCCUGAGUCUUGUCAGCUUUGCCCACGGCUUCCGGAAGUUGUACACUGCUGUUCUUGUGGGCAAACUCCUCUUAGUAAAUUACUAGAGUUUGGGUGUACAGAACGUAAACUCUGUACGGAUCCCAUCCCAUCAUGUGGAGGAACAUGUGGCAAACCUCUGCCUUGCAGUAGCUAUGAUGAUGUUCAUACAUGUGAAAACCUCUGCCACGAAGGAGAAUGUGGGAUAUGUUCUCGCACAGCAAAAGUUUACUGCAGAUGUGCCUCAAAAAUAAAGGAAAUCCCCUGUGCCAGUCUCAAGAACCAAGCUGAAGUUACAUUUUUGUGUGAAAAGCGAUGCAGCAAGAAACUCUCAUGUGGACGACAUAAGUGUUGUGAAAUGUGCUGUGUGGAUAAGGAUCACAAAUGUUCUUUAACAUGUGGACGCAAGCUCAGUUGUGGCAUUCAUAGAUGUGAAGAACCUUGCCACCGUGGGAAUUGUCAGAAAUGCUGGCAGGCCAGUUUUGAGGAAUUAACUUGCUAUUGUGGCGAAUCAAUUAUUUACCCUCCCAUACCUUGUGGUACACGACCACCUGAGUGUAAAAAUUCAUGUACCAGACCUCAUGAAUGUGAUCAUCCAGUAUAUCAUUCCUGUCACAAUGAAGAGAAGUGUCCACCAUGUACAUACCUUGUUCAGAAGUGGUGUAUGGGAAGGCAUGAAUUGCGCAACAAUAUUCCUUGUUACCUCACUGACAUCUCCUGUGGCCUUCCCUGUGAUCGAAUGUUAAAGUGUGGCAUGCACAAAUGUAAACGGAUCUGCCACAAGGCGGAAUGCCUCAUCGACGAAGAGUGCCGGCAGCCGUGCACCAUUCUGAGGCUUCACUGCAAUCACCCCUGCAUGUCCCCCUGCCACCCGUCUUUACCUUGUCCUACAACGUCUUGUAGUACAAAGGUUGAACUUCAGUGCGAAUGUGGAAGAAGAAAGGAGACAAUGGUUUGUUUGGAAGCAUCUAGUGUGUAUCAAAGAAUAGCUGCAAUUUCCAUCGCUUCUAAGUUGACAGAUCCACAGCUUGGAGAUUCCGUAGAGAUUAGCAGAUUGAUCACCAAAAAAGAAAUGAAGCAAACCAGGCUGCAGUGUGAUGAAGAAUGUUUGGCGCUGGAAAGGAAUCGGCGAUUUGCUGAGGCUCUCCAUAUCGAUGACAGUUCUGACCCUUUUAAUGUUCGUUCCUCUGUACCCAAAUACAGUGAUACCUUGAAAGAGGAUGGGAGAAAGGAUUUAAAGUUUGUCAGUGAAACUGAGAAGGAAAUGAAAGUCCUCAUAGAAGCUGUAAAUAAGAGCAAGCACACCAAGAAGAGUCACUGCUUCCCACCCAUGAACAGAGAACAUCGCAGAAUCAUCCAUGAGCUCGCCCAGGCAUACGGCAUUGAGAGUGUGAGCUAUGAUAACGAACCAAAGCGCAAUGUUGUUAUCAGUGCGGUGAAAGGGAAAUCAGUUUGUCCGACAGUUUCUCUGACAUCUCUGCUUACCAAGGAGAGGCAGAACAGAUUUCCACCUCCUAUUCCUCAUCACAAGCAGUCAGAGAAGUAUGGGAAUAACAACUUGGAACAAAUCUUCAAAGAUGAACCUGUGAUUGACUACUUUGAUGUACAAGACUGAAAUAAUGAAUUGUAAUUUUGAAGUAGAGCUACUUUGUGAUCUGGACCAUUUUAUCAAAGUGCAUUCUACUGAGUUGAAUUCAAAAUCCAUUAUGGAACCAGAGGAUGAAAACAGUUUGGUCAUUGUGACAAAAAAGAAAAUUUGCAAUCAAUGUUAUAUUUUUGGGUGGAUCAUCCCAUUUGUCAGAGGGAGGCAGUAUAUCCACAAGCAUUAAGUAUGUCCUUCUGAGAACUCAGAGUAAUUUGUAUCUGCUAGAAAUUAAGAAAUCAGGAUAUAACACUUUCACCUGCAUUGUAUGAGUUGAUUCUAUCUCAUUGGGGAAACCUGCUGCUUGUUCUGAUACCAUUAAUAACUUUCAGUUGAACGAAACAAGUAGAUUAACUGUUAUUAAGUAACGUGAACAGUGAAGAUUUAUAUAGACAAACCCAGUUGAAAAUCAGCUUUUUCCAAGGCAUUUUCUCCUGGCAGUUGUAUUAUCCUGCAGUUUUGUCACUGGUAUGAUUGAACAUUGGUUUGUACCAACAGUUUCUAAUAUUGAAUUGCUUCUGCCACAGAUCCUCCUUCCUUUGGCAGGGCUUGGAAAACUGCUCUUUGUCAUUUUUGGGUAUGAACUUGGGGUUUCAACUGAAGAGUUUUUUAAAAUGGAAAACUUUCUCUUGGAUUUAUUCUUUAGUUCUGCUAACAACGUAGCAUUCAGGUUGUGCUUGACUUGAGGUGAUAAAUAACAUUGCAUUUAUAGCAGUGCUUUUCAGCAAGAAAGAGAAUGUUGCAUUCUGACAGUGUAUGAGGCAGCCACUGAACGUGCCUGUUGCACAUCCAUGGAAAUGGCCAAAGGUCAUUCUGGUCCCUCAGGAGGUGUCAGAGAGGAGCUGUAGUGAAACUGCCUCUCCUUAUGUAAGGGUCAAAUAAAUGCCAUAUUUUAUAUCCGAGUCUCUUUGUAGGCUUCUGACAGUACAGUGUUUCCAUGGCUGUUCUCAUUACAGACGGAAGGUAGUUUCAGUGGAGGUAGUGGUGGAGUCUGUUGUGCUUGUUUUAUUGCAGUUGAACUUUGCCUUUACACGGAACAUCUGAGGCAGCCUCUGAUAGGCGUGCAAGAGAACCUGAAGUGUCUGUCUUGAGAGCAAAUGCAGUGGAAGCUCUUGGUGCAUUAGAACUUGGUGACAUGAAUGAGCUGUCUUGCUAAUAAUAGUGACGCAAGAAAGAGGCAGAGACACCUUACUCUCAGCUAAACCCAGGUGCUAGUGGAGAUUCGACAUUAUGGUCUGUCUAAAUCUAAAAUAAUUCGCUUUUCCCAAAUUUCGUUUCCUGCCAUUCAUGUAUAAAACUUUACUCGCCCAGGACAGUACAAAAAUACCUGAAUCUUCACAAAAUUGUGCCUUUUUCAAAUAUUUCCAAAGGAGAAAACAAACUCCCUUUAAAAAAGAAAAAGUCACGUGCAGUGGAACAGUCGCCCCGUCCAGUCGCCGGUUGUCCUGCUGGUGGGGCUUUGCACAAACAUCAGCUGUUGUCAAUUCUCUUUCUCUCUCACACAUACGCAGGACACCAGUGCAGGUGAGCCAGCAAGCCCAUGUAAAUGCAAACCAUUCCAUGCAAUGCAAACCUCCCAGAUCUCUGCACGGGGCAGAGGUUGAUCCCCUUCCCAUCUGUCCCCUGAUUGGGUGGGGUUUGUGAAUCCACACAGGUGCUACUGCAAGGUGUCCUUAUUCAUGUGGCUGUCUCUUGAGCUGGACCCAUGUUUCCAGAAGCCGGUGUUGGUGUCUGUGCCUGUGGAUGGUUGUUUUCAAGCGAUUGGUCCUGCUGUUGCUGAGCGGAAGGUGCCCUGUCUGCAUUAAAGAGUUAAUAUGCGCUUUCAGUUGCUGCUUUUGCACAUACAGUGUGUCUUACUGGGAACUGAACUCUCAGCUGUAGUUUUUAAAUCACCUGUUUUCUUGGUGAAGAAAGUAUUCUUUAUACUAUUCUUGUUUGGUUUCUAGUUUUUGAUAACCAAAAUGGAGUGGGGAAAGCCUUUUAUGUGCUUAUGAAUAAGGUACUUGGAUUUAUCCUUGCAAGCAGCACAGGUGGAAUUUUAGGAAUUUUAGCUUAGGAAUAGUUCCAUAUAUUCAAUUGCUCUGAUUAUUCAGUGCUGUAUGUACAUUGAUCUGUGUGUAUCUAAAAUUUGUGGAAACUGCUAUGGAGACCAUUCCUUAUGCCAUUUUUCAUGAUGUACUUCAUGAUGAAGUGAAAUUAAUAGAUUUAAGACCUUGUUAUUUUAUUUGUGGAAUUUUUGCCCAUUUGCGCGCACCUGUGCUCACUUGCCUGCUUGCUUUCAAGUUCAGUGGUGUAAUAAAUUACUACAUAUUACUAAAUUACUAUAUAAAUCUGUAAUAAAUUUCCAAGUUUAAAGUGCUAUUUUGCAUUUACUUGGUAGAUUUUUGUGACACAUAUACACACAAAUGUAGAGACAGCUAAAAAGCCACAGAAAGCCAGCUGUGAGAUAAAUAGGGAGGUCUUCAGAUCUUUGGUGGUUGUCAUGACCUGUAUUAUUAAAACAUAACAAAAUACUUUA